AGGGAGCCGGAGCGCGCGGCGCGUAGGCGAGCCAGAGGCGCAGCCCGGUCGGUCCGGGCGGGGGUGGGGGUGGGGGCCCCCCUGGGAGCCGCAUGGGGACGCGGGCACGGGUGGCGGUUUUAUAACCGGGAUCCUCCGUGACGUAUGGCUGCCGGCUCCUUGGCAGCUGUCUUUCUGGACCAGUAGGCAGAGGGGGAUUGACGCCGACGAGACUUCUGCAUCUUGGAAGGGACUGUAAUCUUCUGUGGUGAAGAACAGAAGCUCUCAAUCACGCGGGUGUAAAUAAGAGCCGGAGGGGAGCCCAAAAGAAAAGGAAGAGGAGGGGGAAAAGUGUGUGUUGGGGGGAGCGGGCAAAGCAUUUUUGGUGGAUGGUAUGAAGCCAGCCAUGGAAACUGCAGCCGAGGAAAAUACUGAACAAAGCCAAGAGAGAAAAGAGAAGGUUGUAGGUGCAGUUUUUUCCUGUGAGAAUCUGCCAAGGAGGACAUUUGAAGAGAGGGUGUCUGGGGACGAGGCUGUAGAGAAAAGCAGGGCCGGCCAGAUGGUGCUGUACAUAUGUGUGAACAGCAGAGCUGAAAUGGAAAUUGGCAGGUACCACUGGAUGUACCCAGGCUCAAAGAACCACCAGUACCGUCCCGUGCCAACCCUGGGGGACAGGGCUAGCCCCUUGAGCAGUCCAGGCUGCUUCGAAUGCUGCAUCAAGUGUCUGGGAGGAGUCCCCUACGCCUCCCUGGUGGCCACCAUCCUCUGCUUCUCCGGGGUCGCCUUGUUCUGCGGCUGCGGGCACGUGGCUCUCGCGGGCACCGUGGCCAUCCUAGAGCAACACUUCUCCACCAACACCAGUGACCACGCCCUGCUGAGCGAGGUAAUUCAACUGAUGCAGUAUGUCAUCUAUGGAAUCGCGUCCUUUUUCUUCUUGUACGGGAUCAUCCUGUUGGCAGAAGGCUUCUACACCACGAGCGCUGUGAAAGAACUGCACGGGGAGUUUAAAACGACCGCCUGUGGCCGCUGCAUCAGUGGGAUGUUCGUCUUCCUCACCUACGUGCUGGGAGUGGCCUGGCUGGGCGUGUUUGGUUUCUCUGCGGUGCCCGUGUUUAUGUUCUACAACAUAUGGUCUACUUGUGAAGUCAUCAAGUCCCCCCAGACCAACGGGACAGCCGGGGUGGAGCAGAUCUGCGUGGACAUCCGGCAAUACGGUAUCAUUCCUUGGAAUGCUUUCCCAGGAAGAAUAUGCGGCUCGGCCCUGGAGAACAUCUGCAACACGAAUGAGUUCUACAUGUCCUAUCACCUGUUCAUCGUGGCUUGUGCGGGAGCUGGCGCCACCGUCAUUGCCCUGAUCCACUUCCUCAUGAUACUGUCUUCUAACUGGGCUUACUUAAAGGAUGCAAGCAAAAUGCAGGCUUACCAGGAUAUCAAAGCAAAGGAAGAACAGGAACUGCAAGAUAUCCAGUCUCGGUCAAAAGAACAACUCAAUUCUUACACAUAAACGUUUGCCAGAGGGUCUCAGCCGACGAAUUUACAGCUCUGACAAAUCAUCAGACAGCUGCUCUGCAGUACAGACGUGUACCCCACCAAACAAACUCAUGUAGACGUCCAAACACUUCACUGUCUCAAGCUGCUGGGAUGUAUUUCUAGGAAAACCUUCCAGUGGGUAAAUCGUUUUCUUUAGAACAGAUAUUGGAGGUUUCACGAGAGCCAUUUUAAAAGGCAACACUUUGACAAAAUGAUUGUUCAUCCCUUUGAAAUCUGUGGCAUAUUCACAAUCCUACCAAGACAGGCUGUGAGACUACAACAUACCCCUUGAUAGGGACCGUGCCAUACCAGCGUCAGGGGGUGUGACCACAAGUUCACUUGUGCCAUCUGUUCUCAAAUAAAUGUCUCCAAAUAGGGACUAAAAUGAAAUUGAUGUGGCGUUCCAUUUCUGACAGCUGACAUUUAUGAAACUGUUGGCUCAAAGAUAGUGAUUCUCACAAUUGACCUUUUUUUAAAAAAUUAGCUGACCUCCCCACCCCUGAGUCUAGGACAUAUUAAUUUCCUGAUCCAAUCAGAAAUCUUUUCCAAGAAUGCUAAAAUGAACGCGUUAUAAUAAUCCUGCUACAUGGAAGAAGCAUGGAAGAAGCUAAAUUCUGACUAACAAGCUUUUCUGGAAUCAAUGUUAUAAUAAUUUUAAUAAAGCGACCCAGUUGUCAUCCUUGAGAAAUAAAUGUCAGCUCUGCCUUAAUGAGUAUUUGCUUUCAAUUGCUAAAGUUACAACAGGUGACCACCCCAAAUCCUUCAUAGAAUUUUGUUCCACAAAUGUUUUUCUUAAUUAAAAAGUGUUACCUUAUUAAAAUGACCACCACUCAAAACCAUUUUUACGUGGUCUGAAUAGUGAGUUUACAGUUUCAUACCAACUAUCGAAAACCUAAUUACCAACAGACCACAGACCGCCUACUUUUAUAGACUUGAAUACUGAAGUAACUUCAAUUAGGGUUGGUAUUUCACUUUUUCUUAGCUUCCUGGAAUAUUCAAUGUUCAGUAAAAAACAACAACAAAAAAACAAAAAAACCCAACUGCUUGAGUUUAAGCCAUCUUCAACAGAAACUUGCCUUCUAAAUCAUUGUGUUUCAGAACAUUAAGUGACUGUAGGUAUCGGGUAUUAGUGAUGGUAACCUUUGUGUUGUUCUUUAUGAAAUGAUACACGUAACUGUUGGGUGCAUCAGUGCUUUUUAAAGGGGGCUGCAUAAUAGCGGGUUAACUAUGUAUAUUCAUGUUAAGAAUUACCUUGGGGUCUGGCUGUUUCCUGGAUUUUAAAACAUAUCCUUGUGCAGAAAUGUGUUAAAAUGAAAGGAAGCAUACCUUUAUCAGAUGCUAUUAAAAUCUGAACAAGUAUUUCAUUUGGAUUCUUUUUGUUGGUGGUGUUAAUGCCUAAAAAUGCCUAUUUGGAUUUUGACUAUUUUUUUUUUUUUAAUUGGGAGACUUUCUCUUCUGCGUAGAACAGUUGUUCCAGAAUAGCUUGGUGUUUUGUUUUCCUCUUGCAUGACAGACAGAUAUUUUUUCCAGCAGUGGAGGUGCUGUUUGAGUCCAGUGUUCUAGAGGAGGCAGUGUCUAAAGCCUAAUUUUACUUUUCUAAUUCUGGUAGCUAUUGCCAGGAAUUUUUGAAAGUUUUCUUUAAGUAGUCUAAUAUUUUUUAUGUAAAGAGCAUUAAAUUUUGCUAUGUAUAAAUUUUUGUAACCUAACAGUGAAUCAAUAUUUUCUAUCAGUGCCAAGGGCUUCCUGUAGUUCUAUUCAAGUGUUACAAUAAAUAUUUGUAGAUAAUA